AUGCUAGAUGGGACGGCUCAUGACUUUACGGCUCCGGAUAUUGUCACUUUCCUCUUACUGACAACUCAUCUACUCAUCCGAAUAGUAUGCAAACCGGACAUGUCAACAGCACGUUCCAGCAGCAAGAUUCAAGUUGAAGGUGACACAAGUUUCCUUCCACUCAUGGACUUUGAAGUCGGUUAUGCAAUGAUGAUUCAACUGGGCAUUACCACAAUCAAUUUCUUUCCAACUGAAGAUGUGGAUUUUCAUAUGUCCAAGCAAAAGCUGAGAAGCCUGCUCAAGAAUAUCUGUGGAGCAAACCCUUGGUUGGUGGGCACGAUAAUCAAGGACAAGAAGCGUCACAAGAGACUGAUGUGUUCCUUUCCGAAUACAACCACAGAUGAAAAUAUCGAUGGCAUUUUCUCUACCGAAGCGUCUGGUAGUUUUGAUACUAUUAGAAGCUCUACUUCCUACGAAGCGAUGGCCAAACUUAUCCAGAAAUCAGGUACGAUAUGCAAAUCAGGAUACAACGUAGUGAACAAAUCAGAUCGGGUCUAG